GAGCCGUGCCGAGGCACCGCGUCCCUCAGCCCUGUGCCUGUUUGCCUUGUAAUCCACAGACAAGAAAAAAGCAGGCAAAUUCCAACCUUUCAAGAAGCUCUUUGGUAAGAGGAAGAAAAGAGAGCCCACGUCAGACUGCGAGGAAGCCAAACUGAAGCCCAGCCACUCCUUCGGCAACGUCUGCAACGGCACCUUCUCCUCCGAUGAAGAGCCAAACGGUGGUCUGAGGUCCUCCCAUUAUUCUAUGGGCAGUCGAGCUUUUUCCCAUGACAGUAUUUUUAUACCUGAUGGGAGAACAGAAAGUGAACAGGCCAUCCAAGCAAUGUCACAGGAGAACGUUUUAGGAAAAGUCAAAACUCUUCAGCAACAGUUGGCCAAGAAUAUAAAAUUUGGGCAGCCUCCACAAAUGACAGUUUCUGUGAGGACAAUGGGGGAGGCAAACGCUAGUAUGGAAGAGGAUGCAUUGCUCAGAAGCCCCAUGGAGAUUGAGGCUCAGCAGGACACAGCGAUCUCAGACAGCGGUAAUAAAUCCACUGACACCCCAGAUUUGUUGAGAACAAUGAAUUUGCCUGGAACAGGACAUGAAGUGGAAGAAAAGGUCACUCCAGUCAAAUCAUCUCGGCCAAAAAGACAAUUUUCCUGUUCUGGCACAAUUGAAACAAUCAAUUUGGAUGCAGUUCCCCAGGCUGUUGCUCGUCUAGACAACAGUGCAGCUAAACACAAGCUGUCAGUGAAGCCAAAAAAGCAGAGGGUAUCAAGAAAGCACAAGAGAUUAACAAAGGCUAUCAUCCGAAUAGAUGAGAGGCAUGGGAUAUAUGAUGGUGUGAUCCAUAAAUUGGGGUGGGGAUCACAAAGUUUAACAAUAACAGAAUUUGAGCCGGAGGACCUAGAAACUCCACUGUAUGGAGACAGAUACCCAGGUUAUAAUGGACACAUCAUAGCAGACAAGCUAAUCCAGAACAGAGAUGAGCAGAAACAGCUUCAGCUGGCAGAGGAGAAAAGAACUGAAGAUCGCUGGGGCAUCUUUGAGGCCGAAAGGAUAAGGCAGAUUGUAGAAAUGGAAGAACAAAGAGAAAUGGAAGAACAAAGAUGCCAAGAACUUGAGCAGAUGCAAAAAGAGCAGGAGAGAAGGCGUUGUGAAGAAGAGAGGAGGCAGUAUCUCCUUGAAGGAGAGACAUCUUUGAAAAUAGAAGAGCAAACAUGCCAUAAAGAGGAGAGAAGACUGCUGGAGGCUGAAAAGAGGCAAGAGCUGGAGAAGCAGAGGCAGGAGUUGGAGGAGCAACAGAGACGAGAGCUGGAGGAGCAGAAGCACCAGGAACGGGAGGAGCGACAGAGACAAGAGCUGCAGGAGCAGAAGCGACAGGAACGGGAGGAGCGACAGAGACGAGAGCUGGAGGAGCAGAAGCUCCAGGAACAGGAGGAGCGCAAGGAGCUGGAGGAGAAACAGAGACGAGAGCUGGAGGAGCAGAAGAGGCUAGAGCUGGAAGAAUUAAGGCAACAUGAGAUUGAAAAACAGUGUCAAGAGGAAGAAGAAAGAAAUUGGCUGGAGGAACAAAAAGACAAGGAACAAAAUAAGGAAGAAAAACAGAGACGAGAGCUAGAAGAGCUUCAAGAAGCUGAAAUAAAACUGAAGGAGGAGAAGGAAGCUGAGAGCCUCAAACAACAGAAGAAACAGGAGGAACAAAGGCAGUAUUUGAAGGAGAAAGGAGAAAAGACAGAGAAGGAACAACCCCAGCAAGUAAUGGAUAAGAAAAAGAAACGGGAAGAGCAGAGAAAACACAAGCUCACGAAACAAAUGCACAUGGAAAGUGCAGAGGGUGUGCAACAAGAUGAACUGAAGCAGCAAAAGGAACAAAAUGAGCGAGAAUGGAACAAGCUGGAAGAGCAGAAGGUAGACACAGAAGGACAAAAUCUUCAGCAAAACCAAGAAAAAAAAUCCUUGGAACAGCAACAGGACAAGGAUCAGUUGUGUUCUGGAGGGGCUGAUAGGCAUGUGGUAGAGGAGAAGCUCCAAGAAGGAUCAAGAUCCCAAAAACUCAAACAGCCAGAAAAAGAGAAUAAAACAGCAGAAGAAAUCCUAGCCCAGAAACUGAAGAGAGAAGUUGAGGCUCAGGAACAAAAGCGAAUAGGGGAAGAACUUAGGUGGCAAGAGGUAGAUGAAAGACAAACUGCAUCCAGACCCUUCACAUUUCAAGUGUCUUCUGGAGAUAAACAGAUCAUAUUUCAGAAAGUAAAUCUGAGUCCAGUCAUGCCCAUCAAAGGAGCAGGACUCUCUUCUCCAUCCAUCAAGGACUGCAGGAUGCACGCUUCCAGCAAGGGCUCUCAUACACUCCCGUCAUCUGUGUGUGUACCCCAUACAGCUAUUUUGGUUACUGGAGCACAGCUGUGUGGCACAGCAGUUAACUUGAACCAGAUAAAGGACACAGCUUGUAAAUCAUUACUUGGCCUAACAGAAGAGAGAAAAAAUGUGGAUAUUCCUUCACCAGAGAAGGCCCAGAAGAGAACCCAGGAUCCCAAACCCAGCAGCAGUAAAAUGAAAUAUGCACAAGAGACAUUGAACAACCAGGCCGUACUAGCUGAGUGGGCUUCUAUCCGCUCCAGGAUCCUAAAGAACGCAGAAAACAGCAAAUAUAACGAGAGAGACCGAGUAAGUGUCUGCAGACACAGUGAUGACUGGACACCCCGAGGACGGGGUGCUCCCCAUGGUAACUUGAGGAAAACCCUCUCUGCAAAUGCAAAGUUCUCGAUAACACCAGCAUGGCAGAAAUUUUCAGAAGCUUCAAAAAACAGUUCAGAUGCUGAGAAUGUAAGUGCGGCAACAGGCAAUGAAACAGUGGCUGUGGGAAGAAUCACUAGCUCAUCCUCUGAUUUGAAGGAGGAUGUGGCUUCCACUUUUAAGGAUAACUUAGCUGAAAAGGCUAAGGAGAAAAUGGAAACCCAUAGUGAAAUGACAGACAACACAGAAGGCUGUAAAUUUGCAAAAGAUCUUCCAUCUUUCCUUGUUCCAAGUUUUCCUCAUUCUCCGGGUAAAGAAUUAGCCCAGGCAGAACUUCCUGGUGCUCUGGAAAAUCAGCAGAAUAACAGCACAAAAAAAGCAGAUAAACCAGCACCAAAUGGAGAAGAAAAUAUUUCUCCUUUUGGGAUAAAGUUACGAAGGACAAACUACUCUUUACGUUUCCAUUAUGAUCAACAGGCAGAGCAAAGGAAAAAGAAAAGAUACAGUGCCGGAGAUAGUUUUGAUGGUGUGCCUGACCCACUAGUUACAACAGAAGGUGAGAAAGAAUCCUCUGGUUUUGCUCCACCAGAGAGUACAUCCCCUGGCAUGGGGAGAGCGAACGUCCCUGGUAUUUUAAAAGACUCAAAAGACUCUUCAGUUACUGUGGUGAUUUCACAGCCAGCAGGCACACCAGUGGUCCUACCAGCCACUGGUCAGAGUGCUUUACCCCCUCAUGAGAAACCAGCGUGCAAGUCACUGGUCCCACAGAAACCUGCUUUAGCUCCAAAGCCCACCAGCCAGACACCACCAUCGUCUCCUCUCUCUAAAAUGAACAGAUCAAACCUAGCUGAUAUGCUAGGGCAAAGGCUGGUUAAAGCUGAAUCGGAGGGUGGCUGGAGAAAAGAAGACAGAGCAAAUGCAGUGCACCCCACACCAUCCAAUGAGUACAAAAAUGAAGAGGAAGAAAUCAGAGAAAAGAAGUCAUUUUUCCCAUCUAUAAGUAUUCCAUGGAGAGAAAAAACCGACAAAAAGCCUGAGCCCUUGAAGAAAGAAAAACCUGUCCUCCAGAGCAGGCACUCUUUAGAUGGCUCUAAAUUGAUGGAAAAAGUUGAAACUUCACAACCACUUUGGAUUACAUUAGCACUGCAAAAGCAAAAGGGAUUUCGUGAACAGCAAGCUACGAGGGAGGAGAGGAGACAAGCCAGAGAGGCGAAGCAAGCAGAGAAGCUGGCUAAAGAAAAUGCUGCUGUAAGUAAUCAGUCAGAUAAUAAAAGCAGCAGCAGCAAAACAAGCACACUGCAGAAAUCUACACCUCAAGAAGGGGAAAAGAAAAUUGAGACUGCUGUGUCAAGACUAGAAAGAAGGGAGCAGCUAAAAAAGUCAAACACCCUUCCAACUUCUGUGACAGUGGAAAUUUCAGAUUCUGUUCCGUCAAACCCACUGGCAAAGGAGGUGGCCAAGAGAUUCUCUACGCCUGAUGCUAACCCUGUGUCAACAGAACCAGCCUGGCUUGCGUUAGCCAAGAGGAAAGCAAAAGCCUGGAGUGACUGUCCACAGAUCAUAAAGUAAACUGUAAAAUUACAUCUCUAUUGCUGACUAUUAAUUGCUUUCUUUUUAUUUAUUCAGCUUUUUACACAUGACAAAAGUGAAAAUGCAUGUACUGAAGGACUGAGAACUGAACUGAUUACCAUUUCGCUCUAGCUCACUGUAAAGUCUACUCAAGUCAUAUAUUCCAUUGCUUUGACAAAUAGCUCAGUGAGGUCACGGCAAAAAUUUCAGAGCCAGACUCUCUCAAAAAUUUAAGAAUGUUCAGAUGCUGGGUGUAAAUUUUAGCAAGUAUCAUAAAAAGGGCCAGAACUUCAGUUCGGAAGCUCCUUAAAUUCUGUGAGUAUUCGGUUCUGGAAUUUUAGAUCUCUACACUUAAGUGGAGAUCUCAGAAUUUUUUUUCAACACUCCAUUGUUUAAAAUUAAGGCAAGAUGCAUGUUCCCUUCUCUUAUUCCUAAUUUUUUAAGUGUUAAACGGUACGAACUGUCAGUUCUACCUGCUAUUUGAAAGCUUCUUCCCUAA